UAGCAAGAUUUGGAAGCGUAUUUAUUAACCAACGUACGAAUCAAUCGAUAUCGAGUUAGAACUUGGACGAUUACGCCAGAACGUUGGCGACAUCGUACUUCUUCGCAAUCUUUUCGCAAUGAAUUUGCAGACGCUUUGUACAUUUAAAAAAUAUUCCAAUUCUGGUCUGAAUAGAUCGAUAUUCCAUAUCUGCGCUUAUAUUUAAACAAAUAUUCCAAUCGUAUAGAAUUUACAAUUCACCUAUUUGAAAAAAAAUCUAAUUCCAACAUAAAUAAAUAAAUAUUCUAUAUCUAUGUUCGUAUCUUGAUAAAUAUUCAAGUAAUCUAUAAUUUCUAAAUAUUACAGCUUGCAUUCUUAUUCCGAUUUAAAAAAUACAUCGUAGUCUUUUAGAUCUCUCACAGAAGAAAAACCAAAAAAUGACGAAGUGGAGCGUAAAAUUAUCGAACACCUGUUCGUUAAAUUUCUUCGAAGCGUUAUUGCGCCAUGUAAUUGUAAAAGAAACCCGGACCAAGAUCGAGCAUCACCAUACGAUCGGCUCGAAACCUACAUUUGUGAAAUCAUCCAAAGACUCGAUGUCUCGAGUGUGUACCAAGAGUCUAGGUCUAGGACGCAACUUGAGGCCUGUUGGCUGUGUGGAUGCCAGAGAGAGAAAAAGAGAGAAAGAAAGACAGAGAGAGAGACAUUUUGCAACACGAGGAUCAUCCAAAAUCGGUUAGUUCUGAGGGCAGAGGGUCGAGGGAUUGUCGAUGGACGGGCAACGAGGAUGUGGUAGGUGUAACGUCCACCGGAGAAAGAGAGAAACAAACACAAUUGAAAGGACAGAGGAGAGGCAUGGAGGGAGAGGGAAGGAGGGAAUCGUCUCACAGCUGAAUUACUCUCACUUGAGAGGCCCCCGUCUCUUCUUCUUUGUGGGGGCUUCAAGUAUCCCCCUGCUUCUCGUGGGGUAUAAAGGACCCUGGUCUACCUUGCUCAGAGUCACAGAACAGAGCGGCAUCGCAGAAGCCGACAUGAAUCCUCUGAUCGCGUGUAUGAUAGUCGGUCUAGCAGGGUUCGCCCUGGCUGAACCACCGAUCUCGUCCGGCUACAGCUACAGCAGACCAUCCGGAGGGGGUGGUUACUCCAUAGGUGGUGGAGGUGGUGGUGGAUACACCGCCGUAUCAACCGGCUACCAGACCAGCGAGGGAGCAUCCGUCGAUGGCGCGUUGCUCGAACAAAUCCGUCAGAUUUUGCUGAGGGAAGAACAGAGCAGUGGAUUCAUAGGUGGUGGCGGUGGUUACGCCCCUAGCUCGAGCUAUGGCGCUCCAUCCAGUCAAUACGGUGUACCAAGCUCGUCCUACGGUGUACCAAGUUACCAGACACGCGUUGUAGGCAUCGAUCUCGAAGGAAUCAGGCAGGCCAUCCAAGUGGCACAGUUCAACCAAGUGACCCAUGGGCCUGGUGGCUAUCCAAGCGGACCAAGCGGAAGCUACGGAGUACCAAGCAGGCCAAGCGGUAGCUACGGUGCGCCGUACUAAAACGGUCAUACAUCAGAUUAAACUACAGAUUGGAUGAUGGGAGAGCAAGAGAGGGAGAGAAAGAGUGAGAGCGAGUGAAGACACCAGUCGACCACCGCGACUAUCUUCCGAGCUGAAACUCCUAACGAACGAGAGAAACGAAGGUUAAGGUUGAAUCGAGAAAAACCAAAAAUAGAUUAAUCGAUAGUAAAAUACAGGACAAUCCAGGUUUCUAUAACCGGACAAAGGAAUUUCUUUCAAGCGAAACCUAUCCUCUUCUAAAGUCCGCUCGGAAGGUCGUCGUAAAAUGGACGGAUCGUUGAAAAGAAUACUAUAAUAGAAAAUAGAAAGAUGAUGCUAUUUACAAAGCACGAGGGUCGUCGUCGUUCGACGAAUCAGGAUUCUCAGGGGUAAAGGACGAGGAUGAAAUCAAAGGUGUACGUAUAAGCUAACAUCGAGCAGGGAUUCCAGAGGCUCCUGUUUCGUUGAAAUCAAAUCGUCGUCGUUUCAACGGGCCACGAUCCUCCGAGGAAUCGCGGGCGUACGUACUAAAAGAUAACGGAAUCUCCUGGCUACUGGCUCGUUGGAGAAUAAAAGGUCGUCGCUUCAACGGGUCAGGGUUCGAGGAGUGAACUUGAACGUUCGAACGAACCGGCCACAUAGAUCUAACGAUCUGAGCGUCGACGAGGUGUCCAUCUUCUUAUCGUACCAAAAUCGUCGUCGUCGCGGUCGGAUCCACGAGGGAUCCAACAACGUAACCAGUGAUAGAAACAUAGAUCGAGUCAAAAACACGAAAAGAAACAAAUCGUUAUAGAGAACGAUCUCAUAGGAGAUUCAACGUAAGCUACAUUCGUUAUGACUUCGAGAUGGCAUAGCCGUGGAGCCGGAGCCGAAGUCGAAGCCGUGAUCGGCGCGAGAACGCGCCUUGUAAAUACAAUUUACACACGCUUUCCACAGCGUUCGCUGCGUCAUCCGACAGUACGAGGAGGAACUGAACGCGUACAUCCAUCGAACCUGGUCUAACAGUUACUUCAAGGAAGAUCGAACAACUUAUCUAAAAAGAAAAAAGAAAAAAGUAAUGAAAAACGAGGAAUAAAAGAUAAAAAUGAGUUCGAGGAACGGAGCGAACGCUGACACGAAAUACAUACGUACAUACAAGGAACACAACACAAAUACAUUAUAUUUUUUAUAUGUCUUAAACGCUAUUCCUUAAUUACGCAUCUUUUUUUAUACUUGUAUAAAGGCUUUUUUGUAGAAAAAAAUAAAAAAAAACGUCGCCACCGUUGAAACAGCCGCCUGUGUUCUAUUUCGACGUGUCUUUUCACCAACGACUCUCUGGUAGCUUCUCGAUCCUUCGCUGUUCCUCUUCCUUGUCCUUAAUUUCUCUUUUCCUCAUCGAUUUGGCCUCUUCCUGAAUUACAACCACCAAGUUUUUACUCUAGGUCCCAUGCCAUUCGUGACCUCUGGGCGUUCGCUCGCAGCUACGUGAAUAUUCCUCCUCCUUUAAAGACGACCAAUUUUUUUUUCUUCUCGUUCAGCAGACGCCUUUCUCCUUUCACUGUACCGAUCAGAACCGACCGCGAUGGUUCGUUCGCAGACCGCCUCUGGGCUCACGAGCUUCUCCAGCCUGGACAUGACGUAAAUUCUCACGAGCGGCGUUUAACAGAUGCUCGUAAAGCGGAUCGAAGAAGGCUGGACACCGGUCAGGGAUUCGAAAGUGGCUUCACUUCGCUAUUCUACUCGCUUCAACGUGAGCGAGACUCUACUACGUGCGCACGUUAUGUACUCUUGAUUUUGAAUUAUUACCGAAUAAUGACGUACUUUCGAGAAGCAAAUAAUAAUCGAUCAGAAGAUUUCUAACGGACGUCAUUAGAAUUUUACAGACGAUCCGACGAAAUAGUAUCUUGUGUUGACAGAUAUUUUGUCUCGAGCUUUCAAUUUUAUCUCGGAUAAUACAUUUUUCAGAAGCAAAUAAUAACCGACCAGACGAUUUCUACUAUUAACGUCAUUUGAAUUUUAUAAAUCAAUUCGACGAGAUAGCGUUCCGUGUUAUCAGAAAUUUACAGGACAUUUUUUAACUGUGAUUCGACGUACGUAAGUCCGUAACUAAUGGAAACGUUUAGACGCUGAGCAACGAGCCGCGAUACGCCUCGUGAAAUCGCUUACGCGUGUUUAGAUUUCGUUGUUUGUGCAAUCGGUACACGUAACAGAUUUAUCGAAGUCAGGCGCUAGAAUUUCCUCCAUUAGAAGAGUUGAUGUUGUCUGCCUUAUGAAAUCCAUAAUGUUCAAUGGGAAUGUCUGUAUUUUAUGAUGAUCCCAUUGCACUGUUUGAAAGCGGUGUGAUUAAAUCGAUAAUAUAGAAAUUCUCAUGAAAUAGGAAAUUCUUGUGGCUUUCGAAACAAUUUCGAUUUAGGAUCACCAGGAGUUCCGCGGCUCGGGUAAUUAGAAAUUGAGUAACGUGUGCUAGGAUUAAGUAAUCAGCCAGCGUCUCGGACACAAUGCGAGCCUGGUGCAAUUAAACACGCCGUGAUGAAGAAUAAGUCGCGAACGCUGUGCUACAGCUAAAUUAAAUCAUCAAGCUGGAUAUUUCUCCGUAUUCCUGGUAACGUCGUUGUGUUUAAUCGAGCUAAUUUUGCGCAAGAGAGCGUGUAACACAUUACAGAAGAAAAAUAAAUAUUUGAUGUCGGCGAGAUAUCGUGGACAAUAAAAAAAAAUACUAUCGAGAGAGCGGAAGGCGUUAAUAGUAAAAACGUGGAGGAGAUAUUGCGUGAAAAGGCUUGGGGCCUUUCAUAGGAUGUUCUUCGUUGCUCAAACACUACCAAACAAUUUCUUUAUACACUGUGAAACUAUCAUCUUCUAUACGCAUCUGAUUGUUCAAAGGAAAAAUAUGAAAUAGCUAAACAAAUGACGAAAUUUAUCGAGUACUAUUUUUCACGUAUAUACAAAUAUCGUUCUAGUCUUUGGAAUUAAGAAAGGGAUAGUAGCGAUUGAGAAAGUGUUAUUUUUAUGAACAACGAGAAAAUCGGAAUGUCAAUUCCGAUUCGGCCAUUUUAAAAGGACUUACGUAUGUACGACGUCCAGCAGGGAAAGUGCCGCGACUCUUCGCCAGGGAUAGCGAGGUCGAGAAAGGGGAAAGGAGAGAAGAAGAGGAACUGUGAGACUCUCUGUGGAAUUUUGUAAGAGCCGUACAUAAUCCAUAAACGUGCCUGCCAGGCAGAAGCCGUGCGAAAGGAGGAAAAACGCUCACGCAAUGAGGUCCAUCCGUGCUCCAGUUCUGGAUGAAAUUGCAAAGUGGAAUUCCAUGUCCUAAAAAGGAUUCUUUUAAAAAGCCAAUCACAAGGAGAUUUUCAUCCAAUAAACCAAUAUCUAACCUCAUUUACAUGUAUUUUUCUAAAAGAAAUGAAUACUUUAACGUGAACAUAAAAAGCUCUUUGUCUUCGGAUUGAAAUGAUAAAAAUAUUCCAAGUAAUUUAAUAUUGAAAAUUUAUAUGUUAAUUUUGAAUAAUGUAAGAUUAGGAUUUAAUGCGAUAAUAAUUCCCGAUGAUUUUAAUACAACAUUUUCAAACAACGUAGAAUUCGAAUUCUUUUCUCAACUUUUUCAGUCUCGAAGCUCAUAACGAACUUUUUUCCACGAGAAACACGUAAUCGGACGAUCUAUCAGAUCCGGAGAAGUCGCAGCGUGUGAAAGGAGAGAAAAACGCGGGCACGAUGACGCACAAUGCGAUCUGCUCGGCCAAUUAUGGGAAGAAGAUUUGUCGAGCAGCCGGCUCGUAAAAUGUGCGCGUUUACAAUGGCCCUGUCUGUUUUACUUUCGCUAAUCCCGUUUCUGCGCCACAAGCUUUUGAGCCUAAUGCCGAUUGCUCAACAUAUGGCUGAUGUCUUCAUUAACGCGACAACGGAUGCGUUUUUUAACGAGCUUCUUAAACCAAGAUACGUCGCCUUCUAUAAUUAUGGGACCUGGCAACAAUACUACUACCGACAAUUGUAUCGACACUUUCCGUUGGUUUCAUCCGUUGCAUUGGCCGCCUCGACCGAGGGAUGGAUUCUG